AUGUAUACCAAGGUUGUAGUACUUAUGUGCGCUGCGGGCAUCGCCUCCGCCGGCAACCUACUCCACGCAGCUGCUCCCGUGGCGUACAGCGCGGCACCCGCCGUGUCUCACGUGUCGUAUUCGACGCAUUCCAGCCCGGUUGCCACCUACGCUGCCCCCGGCUUGGCUACCUACAGCGCACCUGUGGUUACCAAGACUCUCGCUCCAUCCGUCUCUUACCAGUCGUACUCCGCCCACUCUUCUCCGAUUUAUUCGUCAGGCCCAGCAGUUUAUCAGACGGUCUCACACGCCUCCCCUCUGACUUACGCUUCUCCUGCAUACUCAACCUACGCAUCGCCGGCGAUCUCAACUUACCAUGCUCCUGUUGUGACUAAAACUCUAUCUCCUGCUCUCUCAUACUCUUCUGUAGCUGGGCAUUCUGCUCCUUUGAGCUAUGCUGCUGGGCCCGCCUACUCCACAUAUUCUGCUGGUCCUGCUAUCAAGGGCGCUAUUACAUACUCUGCUGCGCCUGCCGUAUCUCACGUCUCUUAUUCUGGUUUGGGAGCCAGCUAUGGUUGGUAA